AGAAGUAAACAAAACAUGAGCGAUUCUGAGCUGACAGAUCGCGCCAUUGCUGAGCUUAUGCGCGAGCUUGAUGCACAAAAUCCAAGCCAUGCUAACAAAACUCAGUGCGAACGCAAGGUGAACCCCCUGGGAAAAACGAACAAACGAUUUUUGGGACGUACAAUAAACAAUGCGCUUAGCCAUAAUAAACGAGAAAAAGAGCGCACGGCAGCUAAUUGCCAACGGAAGUUAAAGGAUUUGGAUGAGCAACGGAAAGUCAACCAGCUCUAUCAUAGAAACCGAAGUACAAGCAGAAGUACCAGUCGAAGGCUGAGCAGAAGUAGAAGCAGAAGCAGGAACAGGAGUGUUGAAAAAAGAAGGAGCAGGACUCGGAGCAGGAGUAGAAGUCCACAUCGAAGACGCAGUAAGAAAAAGUCUAAAAGGUCGCGUCGCAAAGAACGAAAAAGAAGCGUCAGAAGCCGGAGCAGAAGUACCAGUAGAAGUUCAUAUCGCAGUCGCUCCAGCCGAAGGAAAAAACACAAAAAGUCGUCCAAAAAACACAAAAAAAAUCGGAGGAGACCAAGGAGUAGCCUAAGAAGCAGAAGCCACAGUAGCUAUGAGACGAAUCCUUCGUUCAAUGACAUGCAACCGGUUCCCCCACCAUCAGAAGUGUUCCUCGAUCACUCGAAACAAAUGGCUUUGGUUGUGGCCAUGGCCUAUAGCCAAGCUCUUAAUACGAAAAUCCAAAGAAAUGACGAGGAAAGAGCUUCUUCUCCGCUAAGCGAUAUAGUAAAAGAGUUGAUGUCGGAUGAUGAUGAAUCUAAAAAUAUGAGUCUCGAAUGCUUAUCUAUUUCGUCCAACGAAGAACCAACAAAUUUGCUAACCAUCGAUGUUAGCUCAAAUUCCGAAGGAAAUGAAGAUUCGGAAAGUUCGGAUUCCGAGUCUCAAUCUAGUAGCUGCAUAGAGUUGGACAGCACCAGUGAUUCAAAUAAUAAUAGUGAUAUAGAAAUAGUCGAAUGUCAAUCACAUGAGAUUAACAAACCUGAAACAUCACAAAAACCUAAAGAGUUGAGUGAAAGCUUACCCUCCGUUGACCUGACUGAUGAUUAAUUAAGCUGCUAGUUCAAUGGUGUUA